GUCCAUUCUUGGGUUCUGUGAUUCUGCUGCUGUUUUGUUCCUUCAGUUUUUCUUUGUUUUUAUACUCCACAUAAGAGUGAAAUCAUUUGGUACUUGUCUUUCUCCGCCUGGCUUAUUUCACUGAGCAUAAUACCCUCUAGCUCCAUCCAUGUUGUUGCAAAUGGUAGGAUUUGUUUUCUUCUUAUGGCUGAAUAUUUAAUAUCAUAUAAUGUGGGAUUUAUUUCUUAUCACAAGGUUUUACUGAAAGUGUGGAAUUUCUUUCUCAGUUAAUUUUAUUUCCCUGUAGUGUUUUUAAGAAUAUUUGGAAACUGAUCCUGUUUAUCUGCUCUUGAGGGCAAUGGACUUAAAAAUGAAUGAAUAUGUAUGUAGAAUUUUCACCAGAAAGCUGGAAGGGUCAUAAUGGCACCUGCAUCAUAUGCUUUUCAUUUCUGUGGGUUCAUUCUCGUAAUGAUGCACCACAUGCGUUUUCCUGACUCAUCCUGUUCUUGAUGAAGGUGAAAAGAGCACAUUAAUUUUAAACGGUUUUUGAAAACAGAAGACCUUGCCUCCCGUCUCACAGCAUUCAGAUUCGCCGGAGAAGUUCAGCAAUCACCCUUGUGGGUUUCAGAAAUUUAUAAUUAUGAGAGAUCUUUCCUAGGGGUUCUGUGUAUUCCAAACAAGAAGAGGAAAUAAGAGACUAGCCUGGACCGGAGCUUUGAAUGUUUAGGUUGUCCUGUCAAAUGCUUCUUCUCUCCCAAUCUUUACACAGCGACGGCAGCAAUGAACCGUAGGCGCAGCCGCACCAAAUUCACAGAAGACCAACUGAAAAUCCUCAUCGGUGCGUUCAACCAAAAACCGUACCCAGGCUAUGCAACCAAACGCAAACUUGCCUCAGAAAUCAACGCUGAGGAGUCUAGAAUCCAGGUGAGUCGCAAGUUCUCCGAGAUUCUCCGAGAGGAGGAGAAGGAAACGCGCAUGGGGAGGAUGAAGGCUCGCAGGGGUGGGGAGGAGAUCUGGUUUCAGAAUCGAAGAGCCAGGUACCUACGACCCCAGAGAGCAUCGGGGCCUGAGCGGGCCUUAGAAGCAAGCCGAGACCAAGACGGCGCUGAAGAGGAGAUUCCGAGUAAACAGUCCGCCCCGGGCCUGCCCUGGAGCUCAGCCGGCCGCUCUGCAGGGGGGAGAGAACGUUCUCGCCCUCGGGGCUUCCCGCUCAGGGCCUCCUGGCGGCAGGAGGCUCCACAGGCCCCGGGGACCUCUUCCCCGCGGAGCCACGGGCAUUCUGAGGCUGGCCCCCUGACAUUCCUCCUUAUUAUCGAGUCCCCGCCGUCCCCCACUGCAGUCACUGUGACCAGGGCAGGAAGGGGCCACAGAGCCCCUGCUUGUCUCUGUGCUACACUGUCCUUGACCUUCAAUCUCGCACCCACCCUAGGCAGGGAAGACAGACGGUGUCGGACCAGCUACACUUCCUCCCAGCUACACACCCUCAUCAAGGCGUUUACGAAAAACCCUUAUCCGGGGGUUGAUUCCAGAGAGCAACUUGCUCAAGAAAUUGGGGUUCCAGAGUCAAGAGUCCAAGCCCGUCCUCCGCCCGGCACCGUGCAGGCCUCGCGUGUGCCCGAGGCCCGCGUCCCGGAGCCCCGGUGCUCCUGGGGACAGCUGGCUCCCCGGGCUUGCACACAGCGGAAGGCGCGGGCCUCCCCUGCGCCCGGCUCCCCAGGGAUCCCCCGUUUUCUGGAACUCUCCUUCGUGGUUUACUGCCUCGUUUUGCGCGCCGGCUCCUCCGGUAGUUUCCGGUAG